UAUUUCUCUCUAUUUAUAUUCCAUUUCAAAAAUCGAAGUCUAGAGCUUCAAACACUGAUUUUCGCCUGAAAAUUUUCUUUUCAUUUUCCACUCAGUUUCACAGAGGAGGAAUGGCUUCUGAGAAGAGGUCUGCUCUCAAUAAAGAACUUCUUUUCUUAAUCUUACAGUUUUGCAACGAUGAAGGAUAUAAACGAACAGCUCAUAUAUUUGAGCGUGAGAGUGGAUGUUACUUUGACAUGGAGUUUUUUGAAGACUUGGUGCUGAACGGAAAGUGGAAUAAAGUCGAGAAAUAUCUUUCUGGUUUCGCAAGCAUCAAUGACAACAAGUACUCGACCAAGAUUUAUUUUGAAAUCAGAAAGCUGAAUUUCCUUGAGGCAUUGGACAAAAAUGAUCGUGCAAAGGCUUUGGAUAUCCUGAUGAAGGACUUGAAAGUUUUUGCUCAGGACAAUGAAGAGUUAUAUAGAGAAAUGACUCAGCUUUUAACAUUAGAUAAUUUCAGGGAACAUGAGUUGCUCUCUAUGUAUGAAGAUGCAGAGUCUUCAAGGAAAAUUUUGAUGGAUGAACUCAAGAAACUUAUUGAAGUGAAUCCAAUUUUCCAUGGAAAACUGAAAUUUCCUGUCAUCAAAAGCCAAAGGUUGAGACGUCUCAUUAAUCAAGGCCUAAACUGGCAGCACAUUCAAUGUAAAUAUCCUCAGCCUAAUCCUGAUAUAGAAACUCUCUUUGAGGAUCAUGUUUGCCAAUGGCCACAUGAUCAUUUGUUCAUGCAAUCCACUGACAAUCCACAGCUAGAUGCAUCACUACCUGUUUUCCCGUCCAGCUGGUUUUGUGGCCCUUCUACUGUAACUCAAGCUGUUUCUAGAGAAGAUAUCUGUGUCAGUGGUCCAAUAACAUCAGUAGCUACAACUUCAGUUAAUAUGAGGGAUUCCAAUACCAUGUCUCAGAAUAGCCUACUGGGAGCUGAAUAUGAGGUCGCAUCUACUGUUCUUCAUUCUGGUCGAAAUCACAGCCCUGAAUCCAGUGUUUCUGAUGACUUGCCAAUUAUCUCCAUGAAUAAUGGUAUGCUUCAAAAUUUUGAACCAGUCAGCCAUACCGACUUGCCCAAGACUGUUGCACGGAUAUUGAAUGAGUCAUCUUCUCCAAUGAGCAUGGAUUUUCAUCCUGUACAGCAGACAUUUCUUCUAGUUGGAACCGACAUUGGGGACAUUGGGUUGUGGGAUGUUAAUUUAGGGGUAAAAAUGCUCUCAAGAAAUUUUACGGUUUGGAAUAUUGGAGCAUGCUCCACAAUGUUCAAGACAGCCAUGAUGAAAGAUCCUUGUAUGUCUGUUAAUUGUAUUUCUUGGAGUCCAAAUGGUUCUUUCUUUGGGAUUGCUUAUUCAAAACAUAUUGUGCAAUUAUAUUCGUACCAUGGUGUCACUGAUGUUCAGCAGAAGUUGGAGAUUGAUGCUCAUGUUGGUGGUGUUAAUGAUUUAGCAUUUGCUACACCUAGCAAGCAACAGUUGGUCAUAACUGGUGGCGAUGACAAGCUAAUUAAGGUAUGGGAUGUGAUUACUGGAGUACAAAUGCAUAAUUUAGAAGGCCAUGAAGCUCCUGUUUAUUCUCUCUGCCCUCAUUGCAAGGAUGGUAUUCAUUUUAUAUUUUCAACAUCAGUGGAUGGAAAGAUAAAAGCAUGGCUAUAUGACAACAUGGGUGCCAGAGUUCAUAUUGAUGCUCCAGGUCUGGCAUGCACAACAAUAGCAUAUAGUGCUGAUAAUAAAAGGCUGUUUUCAUGUGGGACGAAUAAAAAUGGAGAAUCAUUCCUUGUUGAAUGGAAUGAAAGUGAAGGUGAUGCUAAAAGAACCUACCAAGGACUUUGUGAAAAUUCUUCAGCUGUUGUGCAGUUUAGUCCAAUUAAGGAGAAUUUCCUGGCGGCAGCUGAUGACCAUGUUAUUAAAAUAUGGGAUAUGGAUAAGGUUGAGCAAUUGACAAUUAUUGAUGCAGGAGACUUACCAGCAAACCCACAUAUACGAUUCAACAAGGAUGGGACCUUGCUGGCUGUUAUUGCAAGCGAAAACAAAAUCAAGAUCUUGGCAACAGCCUAUGGCCUUCAGUUGCUGAAUGCAUCAGUAACUGGUUUUGUUAAUUCCUCUUCAGAUGUCUCUGAUGGUCCAAGAAAGCAUGUAAUAAAUCCAAGUGUUGCUAAUUUCGGAGAAGCUGAUGCCCAUGUCCCAACCCAUGUAAUAAAUCCAAGUGUUGCUAAUUCCGGAGAAGCUGAUGCCCAUGUCCCAACCAACUGCGAUGAGGAAAGGAUAAAGGAUGCAAAGCAAAAAAUUAUUGAUAACGCCAAUAACAAAUCAGGUGUUUGUAAGAUCAUCCAAAUCAGCAUGCCUUCUCAGUGCAAGUCCUUGCAACUCAAUGGUUAUGGGGAAGCAGACAAGAUAUCAAGGCUGAUAUACACCAAUGCAGGUAAUGCCAUUUUGGCAUUAGCUUCAAAUGGCACACAUUUGUUAUGGAAAUGGCCUCAAAAUGACCUUAAUUUGAGUGGAAAGGCUACAACCGAUGUUCCCCCUCAACUGUGGCAACCAAGAAGCUGCUCGCGAAUGAUGACCAAUGACCUUACAGACAGCACGCCUGAAGAAGCCGUGCCUUGUUUUGCUUUGUCAAAGAAUGAUUCAUAUCUGUUGUCAGCAUCAGGAGGGAUAAUUUCCCUAUUCAACAUGCUGACAUUUAAGAGGAUGAUGUCUUUCAUGUCACCAUCACCUGCGGCAACAAGCCUAGCUUUCCACCCUCAGGAUAACAACAUAGUUGCUAUUGGAAUGGAUGACUCCACUAUAUUGAUAUAUCAUGUCCGUUUCACAAAGGUUAAAAGCAAGCUCAAGGGUCAUUCUGGAAGAGUCACCGGGCUUGCUUUCUCUACUGCCAUGGAUUUGCUUGUUUCUUCUGGAGAAGAUGCUCAGAUUUUCACAUGGAAUCUUGGUGGAUGGGGGAAAUGUAAAAGCAAACAAUUGCAGUUCCCCGAUGAGAGAAUCCCAGUAAGGGGUUCAAAUACCAUGGUUCAGUUUCAUCAGGAUCAAGUAAACUUCCUCGUUGUGCAUGAGACUCAACUUUCAAUUUAUGAAGCCAAAGAAUUAGGAUGUGUACAGCAGUGGAUUCCUGAAGAUUCUACAAGAAUAUCGCAAGCAACAUUGUCAUGCGAUAGCCAGAUGGUAUUUGCGUGCUUUCUAGGGGGAAUAGUGUCAAUAUUCGGUGCUUCAGAUCUCCAGUUAAAAUGCCAGAUCCUUCCCAUUUCCUAUCUUCCUUAUACUCCAAGAGGAAAUGUGCACCCCCUUGCCGUAGCUGCAAAUCCACAUAAACCAACACAAUUUGCAGUGGGACUGACAGAUGGUGCAGCAAUCGUUUUUGAGCCUCAAAAACCUGGUAAUUCAUGGUACCUUGCUGAAUAUGAGCCUGCAACUGCAAGCAGCUGCUUGCUCCAAGAUGAUUAAAAAUAUGUGAACCAAUAUUUUUAAUUGCGCGUAUACAUAGAGAAAGACACACACGCAUAUAUGUUUUAGAUUUCAGAAUCUUUAUACAUAUCUUUUUGUCCCGUGUAAUAUUUGUUUGUCUUAGAUUCGACAAUCUUUAUAUUUGCAUCUGUUUUAGUCUUUAUUUUUCCUUUAAAUUAACUCAAAUCACCUUCUAAAUUAAUGUAUCAGAUUGUUGAUUUUAAAAUGAUUAAUCAAAUUUUAAGUUCAGAUAA